GUGCUGGCCCCUAGUCAUAGUGGUGGGCCCCUGGUCAUAGUGAGCCUCUAGGCACUAGCCUAAAGUGCCUUUUGGAUAAUACGGCACUCUUCGUUGGUUACACAUUUAACAAGAGAAGCCUAGGAAAGUAAAUAAAUGUAGCCUUCCUUAAUCUCAAUUAUAUUAUCUGUGCCAGUAUUGAUUAAUUGCACAGAUGUUUCCCAAUUUCACAGAAAAUAUUACAGGUCUGUGCCGCAGACGACAUAUAUUACCUGUGGGCUGUCAUUCAUUGUUUUUGUAUUUUAAAUUGAGCCAGAUUACUGAUUAGAUCAAUGAUUAAAGUCUGUACGACGAAAUAUUAUAAAAACGUGAUUUAUAAGGAGACAAGUGUUGUUCAAUUUUAAAAAGAUACUUCGUGUACUAUAGUUUCAUAAACAUGAAUUUCACUCCCGAGCUAUCUGCAUUUCAAGGCGUAAUAUUGUCUGCCGACAACAUUCAUCACUUUUCGAAAUUGUCUUGUAAAGGCGGCAAUGAAGAUAAAGUUAAGACUGUUAUAGAUCACAUAAAGAGAUUCUUAAAUAAUGAAGGCUAUAUAGACGAAAAUGGAGUAAUAGAUACGAUGGCACCAAAAAUGCGCAAAUUUGCCCUUUACAUUAUUUUAAAUAGCGAACUAUCAGUUUUGGAUUCCAUGGUCGAGCUUGAAGGUAUAUUUCUUGUUAUCUGGUCAAUACCAACAAUCCCCAAAUAUUUAAUGUGCGAGUUAAUAUUUAACCUCCACAUGGAAGAAUUUGUUUGGGAAAUAAUCACAUAUUGUCAGCCGGACUUAGCCGUGCAAGUAGCUUUAACUAUACAAGAAAACUUAAAAUACUUAGAUCCAGUUGAAGGUCUACAAAAGUUGUACAAGUUGUCAGCUGCAUGCUACUCACUUCUAUGCAGAUUGAAUUGCUUUGAAAUUGAGGCUAACAAGUUGUCCUCCCAUUUAGCCAGUGGAUAUCUAAUUCUACACAAGACUGUAGAUUACUUUGUAAGCCCGCCAAAUUCACAUAAAUUAAACUCAUUAGGAAAUGAUGAUUUGUAUAAAUAUAAUGGAGAAUGUCUGAAAACCAUGCUUUUAUUGAUUUAUGAAUGUUUUACAAAGUUCACUCAAGAUCAAAACUCAAGCUGCUUUGAUGCCCUGUAUAAAGCAACAUAUAAAGAAGAAGAUUUUAAAAGUAAUCCUCCCACAGAAAAAGUUUGUGAGAUUGAAGACAAGUCUAUUAUGAACUGCAUAAAUAACAUUAAUAAAAUUUUACUUGAUAAAUUCAAACUUGUUGUAAUGGAAAUCAGUGUUGAUAUUUUCUGUGCUUGGAGUGAAUUUGAAGAUGAAGAUGGUAAAGACAUGCAACAAUGCAUUGGAGAACUAUGUCACAAGGUACGGAUGAAGUUACUACAAGUGAGCCAGGUGGCCGAGCACCCCGUUGUCAACAUGAUCCAGCAGAUGGCACGGCAACCUCUCAUCAUAGCUGAUGUUAUAAACUCCACUGACACUAAUGUGAUUAUUCAAAAGAUAAACAAUAAUGACCAAGACAAACUUUCCUGGAUACAUGCAUUGGUAAAUAAGGAACAGUUGUGCCAGCACAGUGAUCUCAUCUCUGUCAUUGACUCAAAUAUUAGUGUCUUUGAUCCACAAGAAUGUUUAACAUUAUUCUACAAAUUUACCAACUACUACAAAAGUAACUCUAAUAAUAGUGAGCUUGUAAAAUCACUGGCCAUCAAAAUUUUCCAAUACUGUGAUGCAUCUGACAAACAUGCAAUAUUGCAAGAUCACUUCAGUGAAAACCAAUUUAUAGAUUUAAGUGAUGAUGAACAUUUUCAUAAUGCAUUGACAGAGAUGUUUAACAAAUUUGUUGCUUCACCUGAUGUGGACUUAACAGAGGUAUUGAAUGCCUUCCUUCAGAAUCCCAGACAAGUUUACAAUAAAAUAUUUAUCUUGGCCAAAGAAAAUAAUCAUUUAACAAGCACAAUGUUGAAUAUUAUGGAGUUGCUCAAAGACUAUUCAAAUUAUUAUUAUGUAACUGAAACAGAACCUUGUAUCAUAAACAUUACCAAAAAUAUUCUUGAGGCCAGUAUAGAAACUGAAGCCCAGCGAGAAAAUCUUCUUAGAUUCCUAUGUGGGUUGAAGAACAGUGAAAUAAUUCCAGGGACUAAAUUGCUACUGUUAAUUAUUAUGCCGAAUAUGCAUAAGGCUCUUCUUAGCAAGGACAUUCUCAAGAUACAUUUACAAAUUCAGCUACUGAGUGAAGCUUAUGCUGUCAGUGAAUUAUUGAAGUAUAGAGCACCCAUGCUCGCCAUGUUGAGCCAAGUAAUGGAUGUAGUGCGCUGGCGUAACAUAAAGGUGUUUUACUCUUAUGCGCCUUUGACCCUCCAGCUUACAUUAAACUUCCAGAAGUCUAUAAUAACGACAUACGAUCAUGAUAUACCAGAAACUGAAGGAAAUUGGCUAAGGAUGAGACUAAAACAGAUUAAUAUGCAAUCUCAAAACAACUUUUACUUCAGAAAAUUGUGGAAUCAUCCAUCAGAAAGUGACACAUUUUUUCAGACAGUUAGCGGUAUUUUAGUAGAAGAUACUACAAACCGUAGUGAAAUAGCAGUUUGGGUAACACAGAUUCUCAGUUCAGGUACACAAGAGGAGUGGUCUGUAGUGUGGGAUGACUUGUCGUUGAACAUUGAAGAUCUCGAUGUAUUGUGCAUCUUCCAUGACGCUUUAAGAACCAUCACGAAAGCCGUCGAAGGCAGCCGAACGCCGGCAACCAGAUCUUGUUUAUUCUACUGCAUUCAAAAUCUUGUGUAUGUUAUACGGUACAAGUUCAUAAAGGAUCCGCUGACAGACAGGCAAGUAAUAAGCGUUGCCUUCAGUCUGUCCAAAUUCCUAAAGGAAACAAACGUCGAUGAUGUCAAUGAAAUCGGAUCCAGGCUAAUGCCGUUGCUUGCUUAUUUAGUAGAAAACAAGAACUCCUAUUCAUCUGAUGUGCCCAGUUACUUUAAGAACACAAAUUACUAUCCAAUAGUGUGUAAAGCAUUUAAUUUUAAUAGUGAAGAAAAUGUCGGUAACACCCAAUAGAGCAGAUAUUUACAAAGUUUUCUGUAAUUAUAAAUGUAUGUUAAAUACAUGUUGAACAUCUGCAUAGAACAGCACAUACUUUCCUUAAAAAUAAUUAAUAUUUAAAUAUAAAUAUUUAUUAUACCAAUAUAUAUUAUAAAUAUAUCGAUGUCGUAGUUAAUACGGGUAUAUUAGUGGUGUUCUCAUCUCAUUGUGAAAUAAACAUGGAUACAGUAAUAAUCAUAUUUUUAUU